UAAAUCAGUACUCUCUAUAAACAGUGCGAUCGAAAAUGAAAAGUUGGGGGUGGUGUUGAAUUUCUCGUGCCGCGAGCUCAACGGAAGUCGCUCGCGUUUAUAGAUUUCUUUUCCGCUGCCUUUGAGACGACGAGCCAUGCGAGCGAGCUUGAGUUGUGUCAUCGUCCUGCUGCUGUCGUGUCUCGGCGUCGUAACCGCGCGGGUUCAGUCCGAACCCGACACGCCCGACGUCGAUGAGUUCUACCGGAGUCGCUUCGGCAACGGCGACACUUCGCGAAUGCGCGUCAUUCUGGGUGACACCGAGGGCUGGGUGAACCCGCACGACAUGAUGGGCGUCGCGUCGAAGUCCUCCGGCAAGCGAGCGCAGCAGCAACACUCCAAGUUGAAGAAGAGCUCGGGCGCGGGGCCCGAACCCAUUUCGGAGGACACCACGUCCCCCGAAGCGCGGGCGCAGAUCUACAGCGAGAUCAGAGCGCGCGCUGCCGCCGAGACGUUUAGUCGAUACCCGGCAGCGGUGAUCGAACAGCCUGACGACGAAGCCGAUGAAACGACGAACGAAGAAGGCGAAACUGCUAAAGAAAGCGCCUCGUCGCCGACCAAAUGCAACGCUCAGCAGUCUAGUUGCGACUGUGACUGCAAGGCGUUGCGACGCGAGACCAAGAAAUGCGGCGAGCAGGUGAAACAGCUGCGGCUGAGCCAGGUGCUCGCCGACGGUCAGCACGACCGCGAGUUCAUCUACCUCCGACGGCUCGCGCUCAACGUCAUCUACAGCGCCAGGUUCGGCGGAGACGAGAUGCCGUCGAACGUCAAGUUCGAGAUUCUUCUCUCGUCUGACGACGUGGCGACUUUGGAGAAGCUCGCCACGGAUGGCAACUCCAAGUCAUCACAGCUGGAGCAGAAGCUGUCCACCAUCCUGUCCAGCUCGGUGGUGACUCCGGAUGAGCUGCCGCACGGCACCAAUGCGCUCCUGGGGCGCCUGGCCCAGGCCUGGGGCCAGACCAUGGGUCCCGUGGACGUGCGGCUUGCGGUGCCGGCCUGCGCCCUGCUGGGCGUCUUUCUCAUCAUAAUGAUUCGGGGCCGCCCGUGGAAGGUGUUCAUCUUCAUGGGCGCCUUCUAUUUCCUCCUGCUCAGCUUUGUCUGGCACUGGACUUUCUGCUAUCAGCUGGAGCAUGCGCGAAGAGAUGCAUACAUCUCGCGGAACGUGGUCCCACCCGAGCAUUGCCAACCGGGCUACAGCCCCGGCUGGAUCCAGCGGAUUCUGGGACGUGAUAGCAGCGUGGACUGUGACAAGUACUACGAGAGCCUGCACAUUGACCCUGUAUGGCAGGUCAAUCCACUGUUCGUGUUGACUGAGUUGUUGUCCAGGGCCCUCUUCAACCCGCUGUCCAACCUUGGGACGGCGCUCGGGAAGUUCGCGCGAAACUUCGCCGAGCACCAGACCUGGUGGAGCAUGCUCAACAACUUCGUGAACGUCAUCUGCAUCGGCGUCCUGGGCCUGUUUGCAGCCAUGAUCUUCAUGAAGUUGUUCAUCUUCUUCCUCACGACGUUCUACUGGAACAGACCGGAUAAACCGAGGCGUCAGCGUGUUGAGGAGGUGUCGGAAUCCGAGCUGAGUCGGUCGGCGCGUCUGCAUCGUGAUGUUAGACCACUGCAAGAGUCGCUUCCCAGCCGCCAGGAGACGGGUGCGGAAGAUGACGUUUCGUGCGAGGAAAGCGACGAAGAGGACAAUGAUGAAGGAGUCGAUGGCAAGGCUGGAGGGGAUGUUUGGCUCAAAGAGGAGGAUGUGGCCAAGUUGGGUAAAACCUGACUUGUCAGAGAAGCAGCUAGAUAUGUGUAUGUGUGUGCCUUGGAAAAUUUUUAUAGCAUCUAGUUAAGAAACGAACAGCCUUUUGUGAUAAUGUUCAAAUGUUCCUUUUUAUCCCCAUUCCUUACACAUCAGAGUAUGUCUCUAUCACCUCGGCCUUGCACCUGUGCUAGAGCCCAUUCGUGAAUCUCUAAUUUAAAUGCUCUUUGCACAUUGUGCCAACUAUGUUGCCCCUUUUGCACGUUGUGCCAACUGCGUAGCGCCUUUUUAUAUCCCAAAUAUUUUGUUCAGCCUAACAUACCAAAGCUUGUAAUUAGCACCAGCAUGCGCAGAGUUUAGCGUGUACACUACAUUUAGCUGAAAACAAAAACUGAAUAGGCAUGUAGCUGUUAAUCAUUCAUGCCCUUCUUAUGUAUACAUUGCUGUAAAAGCAGCAUAAAGUAGUUUUGCAAAAUCUGAAGGUAGCCAUUGGGGCUAAAUGCUGGGUUGUGAUAAGAAAGAAGCAACUCUGACGAACCAUGGGUUUGCAGCAGCUCUCAAGAGGCACCCCAAUGUUUCUGGUUGGAAGACUCUGUGUUAAAAUCAGCUUAGGUGUUUCCUUUACUUCAAUCUCGUAUGUAUAUAGUUUUGUUUUUCACUGGAUGUCCCGAUGAUCAUUGCCGGUGAGGUAGUAGGCUGACACCGGAAACGGAGGUGGAAUGUUCCUGAUAAUGCCUAUUGUCGCAAACCAUGAAUCGUGUUAGCUGCGUAAAUCGCAGUAGAUUGCCGGAAAGUUUUUGGUGUGCAAGUUGCAAAGCUGUGAUGUCGCCUGCGUAUGUGCGGGCAGUGUCAGUGCCUUGAUUGCUGCUGGCAAAAGACUUUGCAAGUGAAAGCAAACAACAUCGAAAAUUACGGAAACAGGAAGCCACUGACUGUGUCACGAUGCUUACCAUGCUGGCAUGCCCUGUAUGUAGCAUGUAUUGCAAAAGCAGAGCCUGCGUAAUUCAAGUGAUAAGCAAAAAUGAUCGUAAAAAAAAGUCUAUUCUCUGCCGCAUAGCUUGAACUUGACUUGUCAGCAUGCCCCUAACUCUAAUAUUCACCCUAAGGGUGACUCUAAUUGUGACCUCAAUAGUGGCAGCGUCUAUCUUGGUGCAGUUUAAAGGGCAAUGAAUCACCUAAGACAAGUUAUUUCCCACCGAAAAGUGCCAUUUUCGGCUGAUUUCGAAGCAAAAACGGCAGCUCACAAUAGAGAGCUUUAAAAAAGUUUAGUUCUGGAGGUUUAUGUGCCGAAACCACAAUCUGACACGCCGUAGUGGCGGACUCCAGAUUAAUUUCGACCACCUGGGGGUUUUUAACGUGCACCCAAUGCACGGUACAUGGGCAUUUUUGCAUUUCGCACCCAUCUAAAUGCGGCUGCUGCUGGCCAGAAUUUGAUCUCGUGACCUUGUGCUUAGCAGUGCAAUGCACAAUAAUAUAAUACCUGUAUAUUUAUAAUACCUGCUUUAUAAUACCUGUACCACCUUAGUGUUACCGAUACCGGCUGCCACGUGUGCGCAUGUGUGGAGUUUGCCGCACUCCGGUAAGAUUACCGGGACAGCUCCCUCCGGUUAUUGUGAUGAUUGUGGUUAUUGUGAUAACACGCAUGUGCCAGACUGCCUGCUUCGAGACUAAUUUGCGCAUGCAACUUCCUCACUCUUAACCUUCGCCUUUAAGAGUGGAACAUGAUAGCGUUAUCUAGCCCCGUUUGCACUGCAUUUUUCUUUGAGUAAGCUUCACUGCAGUACACUAUGUGGGAAAGCCAGCUUGCAAAGACCAAGCUUAAGCCGAUCCCCUUAAAGUCUGCUUCACUUUUAAACACAAAUGCAUUGCUGGGAAGGCAUUUUUCCUGGGGCAGUAUAAGCCAUCUUACAUCAAAAUAUGAAGGCCCUAGGGCCUUUUUUUUUUUUAUUAAUUGUUUGCUGUUGCCCCGAGGCUGGCACGCGCAUGUCCAAAAUGCAUUAGGGAGUUAGCGCUAAGUCCCAGUUUGACCUUGGCUGAUCUUGAAGGUCAGACUUACUGAACCAGGCGUCUCCUGGGUUUGUACCUUGAGUAGUAGAGCUAUCGCUCUAAAAUGGUCAAAUAAGCCAUCGCAUAGUUUCGUCUAGAGUGGAGUACAAUAUGUGAGUGAUCUUUUGUCAUUAUUGAGAUUAGUUUUGUUUUGACACUGCUAGGCCUAGAGAGACGGCACCGGGGUGAGAAAGCGAGUCGAUUUCCUCUUACCCACAUCUCCAAAUAGGCCUAGAGCCAUCAUUUAAAUAAAUUAUUCUCUGUGUCGAUUUCCACCUAGCAGGUGGCACCACAGCAUAGCACGGCGGUGAUCAAUGCUGAACGUUGUGGCACCGUCUGCUAGGUGGAAAUUUGCGCAAAGCUGGCUUUGUGCCAUUACAGCUACCAUAACAGUAUAAAUACAGCCAGCAGCAAAAGAUUUUGGAGCACGGAAUUUGUGAAAAAAAAAUUUUUUUUCUAGGACUUCACCACUCAUUCUGGAAUUAGCUUCACAAUGUGGUGGUUUUAUGGAGCAAUACUAUCCACUGCACAUUGCAAUUCGAGGAAGAACGUGUUGGCUGCAACGAGAUUUCAUUUUUUUCUGUCUGUGAACUCCAAAACAUUUUGCGACAGGGUGUACCGACAGUGGCAGCUAGUUUACCGACAGUGGCAGCUAGUUUACCCAUCAAGCUGCAGGUACAGCCUUUGUCAAAAGUAUACAGGCUACUGCGUACCUUCACCUAUGUGUCGUCGGGCUGUGUGGUACGGUUGUCGUGGCGCUCCCGACACUCUGGAGUUCUAGAUGGUGAGCAUGAGAGUUCUUUUCAUUCGCCAGGACAUUGGAACGUAAACAUACCGCAGGAACUCUCUAAACGGAGUACUGAAGCCUCAAUUCCUCGAAAGCGACACAACUGAUUAAUUGCAGCACCUUUUAUCAUCAUCAUCAUCAGCCUAUAUUUAUGUCCACUGCAGGACGAAGGCCUCUCCCUGUGAUCUCCAAUUACCCCUGUCUUGCGCUAGCCGAUUCCAACUUGCGCCUGCAAAUUUCUUAACUUCAUCACCCCACCUAGUUUUCUGCCAUCCUCGACUGCGCUUCCCUUCUCUUGGUAUGGACUGAAUGGACUCUGCUAUCGGCAGCAUGGACAUAGUGUGUAUGUGUCGGUGGUAUCUGGUACCACGAGACCGCUGCAGCAGGUUUCGAUGGCGUGACGAGUCUCCAUAGCUGUGCUGCACUUGGUGCAUGCUUUGAACUGGCCACAUUAAAAGGUAACGCAAUUUUUUGUUAUGCUCUCGGGGAAUCGAGCCAAUAUAGCGUAAUUACUGACCAAACAUCUAUCGAAUAAAGCAAUAAAAACGGCAGCAACAUUUUCUGUCAAUGCUGCUUUAAACAGCCUGUAGCCAACCUGACGGUCACAGACAAUGUAGCCCGUAUACUUUUGACAUACAGUGUACAUUGCUGCACUCAAUUUUCAAAGGCAACUAUUUGUAGUAUUCUGUACAUGUUGUAUAAUGAAGACCACAGAAAAUGGUGUCAACGCCAUGUCAAGUGCCUGUCAAAAGCACGAAAUAAAUGUGUCCAUUGCGGGGCUGCGAUUGACCCGUGAAUAUUGUCCUAGUGGACGCCACAGCUGAAUAAAGGAAAGUUUCCUGUC